AUGCAGUUCCUUGAACAAAACCAUUUGCUUUCCGAUUCUCAGCAUGGAUUCCUCAAAAGCAGAUCCUGUGUGACAAACCUGCUCUACUGUCUGGAACACUGGACUAGGGCUGUUGAUAGAGGAGAUACGGUGCAUGCCGUCUAUAUCGACUUUAAAAAGGCCUUCGAUAGUGUGCCUCACCACCGCCUUCUAUACAAACUUAGCCAUGCAGAAGUGCGAGGUAAGCUUCUGAUGUGGAUUCGGAGCUUUUUAAUCGGCCGCUCUCAAGCCAUCCACGUCAGCGAUCAACAAUCCGCCGAGGUUGCCGUUAGGAGUGGUGUUCCCCAAGGCUCUGUUCUUGGCCUUACACUGUUCCUCGUAUACGUCAAUGACUGCGCAAACGAACUGAAUUGCGAUGUCGCAAUGUUUGCCGAUGACAUAAAGAUCUGGAGUACCAUACGAAGCGAAGUUGACGAGGCGCGACUGCAGACAAAUCUGGACCACCUCGAGCAAUGGUCGAAAGACCGGCUUCUACCGUUCAACGUAAACAAGAGUAACUUCCUACGCGUCGGCAGAACCAGUUCUCCUAACCACACGGUCUACCGUCUGACUGGCAAACCACUGCAAGAAGUCGACUCCCAGAAGGACUUGGGUGUAUGGAUCACCGGCUCGCUUAAGCCUUCACUGCAAUGUUCAAAGGUGGCCAAGUCAGCGAUGUCCAUUCUAUACCUCGUCAAACGGGCGUUCUCCUCCUUUGAUGAAGACUGCUUCGCCGAGGUCUUUCAAACUUUCGUGCGACCGCAUCUGGAGUUUGCUAUCCAAGCAUGGAGACCCUGGACCACUAAAGACUUCGGCAUACUCGAAAAAGUUCAACGGCGAGCAACGAAACUUGUAUCUGGGCAGUGAACACUACCCUACGAAACACGAUUAGCUAAUCUUACCCUCUGUCCUUAGAGUUACAGACAGCUACGUGGGGACCUGAUACAAGCUUUCCGCAUAGUGCGCAAUCAGGGCUGCUGUCUCACAUCAGGAGACUUCUUCGAGUUGGCGACUACGACUAACCUGAGAGGCCAUCCACUCAAACUGAGUGUGACUGGUGCCCGGCUAGACACACGAAAGUUCGUCUUCUCCAACAGAGUGGUUGCAGCUUGGAAUGCCUUGCCUGAGGAUGUUGUUAUGUCGGGAUCCCCAGACACUUUUAAACGGAGGCUAGAUCACCAUAGGAGCGCGAACCACAAUAACGGCGGUCUACCGCCACCUUGACAGCCAACAUUGACAAUUCAGUGUUGCGACGAUGCUACUACCAACAUUUAAGUAACAUAUAUUUAUGUAAUUUAAUAAUUUGGACCACGUCGCACACCGCUGCUCGCAUUCACCACGAUGUAUGUAGACAAAAAAUUUUACUUCUUUUCCCGUAUCUUAAGUGUGCUUUAACUGUCCGCUGUAUUUGACCAACAAAGCAAGUUAUGUGCCUCUAAAUUCUGUUAACGCAUGGAAUUAUGUGUUUAUUUGUACAGCUUUUGAUAUUCCCCUCGCAUUUCUUUCAUGUUAAUUCCUUUCCAUUUCCUCCAUGUAUAUACUCUGCAUGUAACCAAUAGGGAUUUCAAAGGUACACACCUACUUUCCCUGAAAUAUACUGAUACUGAUUUUGUCAGUAACAUACAUAAUUUACAGAAUGCUGUUCUUGGAGUUGCGUGACUGAAACGUAGGAACUGUCAGUGGUGUUUGAUAAUGACAAAAUGAAAUUACUGCCAUCCGCAUUAGCGUAAGGUGUGCGCAAAUCGUUGGUUUUAUAUAGCAGCUCUGUUCUGCCCAGCUAAGUGAUAUUUUUCAAGCACACAUUCAGCUGGUCUUUGUCUAAAUGUCUCUUUGGAGUCCGCCAUUACCACUUUCCCAGGAGGCCAUUGCUAUGCUCUAGUCGUAACGCUUAAUUGGUGUCCCGGUUUACAACUCGCGAUAGUCGGAUCCCCAAGAGAGAACUCAAAAGCAAGGGGUGGAUAACACGCGUCUAUUGCUGAGCUCCUAUUAGUCAUAUCUGAUGAUAAAAACGCGGACACAGAAUGUGCGAGGGCAGCCUGCAACUUUGCCAAUCAGAUCAUAAUAAUAAUUUUAUUUAAUGCCAGGUUACAGGCAUUGUCAAGGGAAGCGUUAAACACAAAGCCGACCAGCAGUGAAAAAAAACUCCUGUGGAACAGGAAUAAAAAUAUAGUUGAUGGUGGUUUUUAUGGUUUGGAGGGUUCAGGAGAAAAAACUGCUGACGGCAAACUUUUGACAGUCAAGAAGGGGGGAUUGCACGGUAUCGUUAUCAGACGCCAAUUCUUUUCAUGAAGUUAGGGAUAGUCAAAGUAGGGGCGUUGAAGAAUAGCUGUCGCUGUUGGCUAACGAAGUUGUCCCUGGUGAGACCGGCCAUAGUGUUCAGAGACUACAAACGCCAUCGCUACUGUACAGUCGAUCAGUGGAUUCAGAACCCAAAAUUUGAGGAAGCUUUUCUAAAUGCAAAAAUCGAGUAAUAGUUCUCUUAAAUAAGGGACAAUUUUGCAGAUUUUUUUAUAUUCCUGUGUAGUAUAUUCCAAAUAGCAAUUGCAUUUACAGAAAAAACCGACAAUAUUUAACAGUACGUGUCAGAUGAAGAAAUAAGAAGACCUCACGGUGGCUGUUACGUCGGGGGUGGAUAUGAUGUCUUAAAGAGGUGAGUGGAAUAAAUGUGUAUUAAAUAAGAGUUUAAAUAUAAAAAUAGUCCUUUUUGUAAUCUACGGAACCAUAAAGGAUCAAGGCCCGUAAGCCGGCAACGUUCUUGGUAAGACAAAUGUCGGUGUUCCGGGGUUAAAACUCUCUUGGUAAAAAGGUGUUGAACGGAUUCUAUUUUCUUCCGCUCAGUAGCACGCAUGAGGCUAAAUAAAAACGAACAGUAUUCCAGACCAGGUCUAACGUACAUGUUGUAAAAGCGCAUUCUAAUGUCUCUAGUUUUAAAGUUUCGGAGGAUAAACCCCGGUCGUUCUACGUGUUUUGUAGACUAUCAGGGCGCAGUGCUCCGAGAGAUUGAGACGCUUGCAUUCUGAUACGCCCAAAUCCUUAAUAAUCCCAGGCACAUUUACGGCGUGACCUUCAAUACUUAGUUAAGGUUGGCGGUCGUCGCCAACCACCAUGACUGCGCACUUAUGCCAAGAAAGAGAAAGGCGCCAUGUGCGGUACCACUGGGCGAAAGCCUGUAGAUCGCUCUUAAGGAGCUAAAGCACGAUGUCACGAUCUGCCGGCUUAUAUCGAUAUGCAACUUUAAGAUCGUCGCAUACAUGAACGGCUUACCAUUCUGAAAUAAAUCGGGUACAUCAUUAACGAAAAGACAAAAUAAAAGCGGGCCAAGUACACUACCCUGAAUGACUCCAUUCCUCACACAUGGGGGGUUGGAGAUAGUAUUGAAAAUAUUAACUCGUUGUGUGCGAGUGCCCAAAUAAGAGGAUAUGAAAUUUAAAAGUUUGCCACCUAUUCCGAAAGAGGACAGUUUCAGGAGAAGAAGAGCAUUGUUAACACGAUCAAAAGCCUUAGUAAAAUCGAAAUAUACUGUGUAAAGUACAAAGCCACUGCCCCUAGAUUAGAGAACAUAGUCAAAGAAAGAAGGCUGGCAGGUGUCACAAGGCCGAGCUUUGAGGAAUCCAUGCUGAGCAGCUCUCAGUAGGUUAUUCACUGUUAAGUGACACAUCAUCUUAUCAUUGAUCAAUGUCUCUAAUAUCUUCGAAACUGCGGGGAGGGUGUUUAUUGGCCGAAAAUCAUCAAAUGAUUUAGAUUUGCCGUGCUUAGGAAUGGACAGAAUGUGUGAUUCCUUCCACAAGGUAGAAUAGGUUUCACUUUCAAGAGCGAGAUUAAAUAUCUUGCAUAAGAGGGAUAGGAAAAUCGUAUUUGCAUCGGCUUUUAAAAUGCUUACUGGGACACCAUCAGGUCCUGGACUAUAAGAUUGACGAAAAAGCCGAAUCGCAACAGUCACAUCCCACAGAGCGAAUGUGAUAGUUUCUAGAACCGCCCCGGUCAGUGGCUGGAUUGUCGGAAGCGGAGUGGUCGAGUCUUCAAUGAACGUUUUGGACAGGAAAUCAUUGAAGCUAUCAGCGGUUAACUGGGCAUCAACUAUGGGAUUUCAGAGAGCGUCUCGGAGGAUGGGAUGCUGCGUCUUUCGGCGAGUUCGUAUUUUUCUAGAGAAAAGUUUCGAGACAUUUAACGAAUGAUUUUCGCUAAACUGGUCCUCUUCGGCUAGCUGUUUUUCUUCAGACAAUCUCUUAGCUCGAUUAAAAAAUAUCACGAAUCAAGGGCAGGACAGAAACAUCGUUCUGAAAAUGGAGUCUACGAUAAAGUCUGCGCAAUCUGCGACGAAAGGGUAAGGGUAGGAAAACCUCAUCCCCAACAUAAAUAAUUUUCUUACGGGGGACAAAACGAGAAAUAAGCGGAUCCAAAAUUACGUACAGUUUUGCAGUGCAAACAUUUACAUCCGAACUAAGGAAGAAAUUAGUCCAGUCGUAGAAAUUAAGGUGUGUUAUUAAUUCGGUUGAGCGAGUUGAUCGGAAAUCGCUACUGGCCUGUUAGCACGUGAACUUGUCUGCUGACUCAUCUGAGUGGCUGGGCGCCACUCAAAUCCUGCCGGUGGCUGGCUCGACCCUAACGUGCUCGCGCCGUGCUCGUAUGUCGAUAACAUAGCAUGUGCGCGCGCCGUUACAGCGGUAAGUGUACGAGUCAGUUAGAACGUCCUGUCGUCGCACUUCCCGCCUUUGAGUUUGGAGGUACGACUUGAGCCGCGGAUUCACUUGCUGUGGAACAGGUUGUGUUGCUUUUCAGCUCGGUCGUCUGAGCAGUUGAUGAGGCCACUCUGGAAUCGGAACCGGGGACUCUUGCCUUGGUUUCGGCAGAUCGAAUGCGUUCAGUAAUACGUCAGGUGUUCAAUUUGGGUCUAGAUUUGGUAUGUCACUGCAUUCGGUGUGCUUCAGAUGACUGGCGUGGCGCACCCAAAUGUCUUGUCCGCUCAGAAUCUCAUAGACAACAUCACCGCACUUUCGGUGGACUCGCCUGAGCGUCCGCGUCACCUGCUUGUUCCUGUAGCCUUUAACCAGCAUCUUCUCGCCCGGAUGGAAAAUCUUUGCCUUGCUCGGUGACGGCGGUUGAAUUGCCUUUCCAUCGAAGUCGUGCGGACUGUUUCAUGACCAACAUCCGGUUGCCCCCUAUCAGAUGGUGUCGGGCGAAUGGCCUCAAAUGGUGGGCGAAGCCUCCUCUGCGUGAGAGACUCUGCAGAAGAGACGCCGUUUGGGGAAUUCACGUUUGAUGUUGCCGGGUAGUUUGUCAAAAAUAUCUCGAGAACUUCUCCCGUAGUCCCCUAUCCUCUUGACUUCUGAAGAGCUAGCUUGAACGGACCCCCAUAACGCUCAGCCUGGCUGGUGGACUGCGGGCGAAAUGGUAGCGAACGUAUAUAACUAAUGCCCAACAGCUUGUAGAAGCGGUCGAAGGCGGCUGAAGUUAAUUGUCCCGCAUUAUCGCUCACCAACAUCUCGGGACAAAAAGUUUGCUGAACAAUCGCCGAAAACUGUUGAUUUUGGCGCCGGCUGUCAUAUUUGCCCUGGGGGAAACUUCCGGACAUUUUUUGUAUGUGUCAACGGCGAUAAGGAAGUUUGGCCAUUUAUAGGUUCAGCAUAAUCGAUGUGAACCCUCGACCACAGGGCUUUUGGGACAGGCCAUGCUUUGAGUGUGUUCUCCGCUGACGUCUUUGAUGCGAAUGCACAUUUGGUGCAGAAAUAAGCUACCUGUUUCAGUUGUUGUUCCAUGUGAAGCCAAUACACAUAGCUACGGGCAAGAACCUUUAUACGCUCGAUUCCCGCAUGGCCAAUAUGAAACUUUCCGAGGACCCUUGUUUUCAGUUUCUGUAGCAUUACGACAAGUUCGCAGAACAGGGGAAAAUCAGCAACGGUGGACAAUGAAUGCUGUCGUUGACGGAACUGUUCUAGUUCUCCUGGAAGUUCUAUGGCCACUGAGUGCGGUGGUACUUAUUGACUUUCUUCAACAGUGGAUGCUGUUACGUUGUUAUUUAGACUUCCACAAAAUUGACAGGAAGCGCAUGAAUGGACUCAGUCAAUCAGUCAGUGUAUCUGAGGAAAAUAGGCUUACGCGUUUGAACUCCCUAUUUGUACAUAAAAAUGAUAAAUAAGCAAAAAUGUGAAGAAAUUACAGCAUUAAUUGAAUGCAGACACUGAUUCACAUAGGUCACUGGUCUCAUGGCUAAAAAGUCACAUAGUCCGCUUGUUGCUGUAGCAUAUGUCUGUCAGGCCGACAUUUAAAUGUCGCCACAGAUUGAGACAAGACAACCGUCUCGGACAGGUUAUUUCACGGUUCCACGACACGGUUAGAUAAGAAAUAUUUUCUCACAUUCAAUCUAUCCUGGGGCACACGUAGCUUGAAGGAAUGUCCCCGGAGGUUAGUUGUUGUGGCGAGUUGGAAACAAGUCAUCGCACCGAAGGACACAGUCCAAGCCACGCACGAUACGGAAAGUUUGUAUCAAGUCUCCGCGCAAAUGCCUAGAACUCAGAGGAUAGAGAGUAAGGUUAGUUAAACGAAUCUCGUAUGGCAGUGCACUUUGACCUCUUAUUAAUGUUGUUGCUCGCCUCUGCACUCUUUUGAGCUGAUUGUAAUCCUGCUGCGUCCACCGUCUCCAGACCUGAAUCGCAUAUUCGAGAUGCAGCCUUACAAACGUUCCGAAGACUUUAGAGAAGCAUUCUUCAACGAAAACUGCGAAUGCCCGCUUUAUGGCAUAUAGCAUUGAAGUUGCGGCUUUGGCCGCCUUACAACAUUGUGUGAAAGGCUUUAGGCUGUCUGCAACACAGACUCCGAGAUCCUUCUGCGUUUCUGCAUCUCGAACUGGUAUUCCGUUCAGAUGGUAUUGCCGCGAACUAGGGGUCUGAUUGCCGAGGCGCAGUAUGGUUCAUUUGUUCAAAUUGAAGGACGAGAGCCAUCUACGAGACCACUCGUCCAAUCGACAAAGAUUUUCUUGGACGUUGGUCUCAUCGGCAGCAUUCUGGAUGAGCUUCCAGAUUUUUAUGUCAUCCGCAAUCACAGCACUAUCACAGACCAACCCAUCUACACAAUCAUUGAUGAACAAGAGAAAGAGGGUUGGUCCGAGCACCGAGCCUUGUGGGACUCCAGUCCCUGUGAAUGUGCUCAUUUAUUGCUGUUUUUCUACGCAGACAAUUUGGGAGCGGCCGAAUAGGAAAUUCUCGUUCCAUUUGAGAAGUUGGCCGCCGAUGCCCAUUAUUCUCAACGUGUGCAGUAGGCGCUGGUGCAGUACACUGUCGAACGCCUUCCGAAAAUCAAUAUAGGCCACAUGCACAAUAUGUUUUGCGUCCAGUGCUCUUGUCCAACUUUGCAUUGUACCGGUCAUCAACUCUACUAAGCACUUGUAAAUAUGAACCCUAAUAGUGGACUGCAUAUGUCAUGCGAAAUACGUAGCAGUAUUUGUCAGGCGCAAGAACCAACGUACAAUUUCCAUAGAUCAAGAAUACAAAAGUACGACGAAGAUGUACAUCUAUGUUCAGAGUCUAUUCAACAAACUGAAGAAAAUCGAACUGACCGCGACCCAUUCGCCACCUGACUAAAUUACGCUAACUGAAAAUGGUUCCACGGGCAGACAUCAGACUCGGAAGUCACGUUGGACGGAUCUCAGUCUAUUCUCACAUCUAAAUGAAAGUAGGGGUGGGGGAACUCGAUGUUCAUUCGGGAUGGCAUUAACUAUAUCAGGUAUGGAUAUUCAAAAAAAUAAGCACGGGCUGCGAAAUACUUAGCCAUAAACUGAAAGUUCCAAACAAACCAAACCUCCACAUUGCCGUCGUUUAUAGACCUCAAGGACAGAAAUAACUUCAAUUGGUCACCGACGAAUUCUUUCGUCAACGCCUUGCGAUGGACAUGGUAAUCCGAAAUGGACAGCAAUAGCGCAGUUUGGACUUCAUCAUUACAAGAGGUGACAGGUAUAUCCUUCGACUGAUUUCUAGCACGCUCCUGGGCCGAAAUGACGACUGCGCCCUUGAUCGAAUGUAAAGCUGUUUUUCUGUACCUGAAAAUCGAAUAGUAAAGGAGGGGAAUAUAUGGAAGGAUGCUACUCCAAAAUUCGAAUUUGGUUUGAAAUUUUCGACUUCGGGGGAAGUUAAUUUUACCCGGAUAUCUAUCUACUGAACGUCCUCACGGAUCGUGGGUAUUAGAAAUCUGAUUCGCCUUUAUGACAGAUCCAUCUUUGCAGACCUACACCAGGACUUGUGCGGGAUAACCUAUCUUCGUCCAAUCUCCUCUCUGCAACAGCACUGAGAAAUCCCCAAAACCUACGAAAGUCUGAGUCGUUUAUCUGGUUGAAAAUUAGUUUCAUUCCUUUAAGAAAACCGUUUGAAACUUGUAUACUCAGUGAUUUUAUUCGGAGGAAUGCCCACAGAACAAAAUGUUAAAUGUCCGCCUCAGGCCGGAGGCGAACCCGGGCAAUUGCCCAGUCAGAAGCCCGGCAUUACCACUAGGCCAGCGACUCCCGCCAGCCUAGUCAAAACAAGUGAUUGAUCAUGUAUUACACAUUAUAUUAAUGAGUGCCGUGUUGGAUGUUUUGCUAUGAGACAAAUGCUCCUCAAAGGGGCAAAAGUCUAGUGACGUUGGGGUAUGUCACAUACGACGAUACGGGUUUUGAGGUCGAUGUCGCGUACACCAAUUUCCGCAAAGCACUCGACACUGUCCCGCACCAACACCUUUUUCACAAAUUGAGCGCCAUCGGUAUCCGGAGGAGAUCUUCUGAACUGGAUAAGGGCGUUUCUGGUUGGUCGGAAACAAUGUGUCUGUCUCGGAGAUGAUAUGUCAGACCGGGUGAACGUGACUGGUGCUGUGCCUCAAGGCCCAGUUCUCGGCGGCUUCUUUUCAUCCUCUAUGCUAGUGACAGACUUCAAGAACACGACUGCGGCAGAGUAAUGUUCGCCGACGACGUUACGCUCUGGCAAGUCAUUAAGGGUCCGAAUUAUCUGAGAUCCCUUCUAAAUAAUCUGCACCGACUGCAAGCGUGGUUGGAGAAAUGGAUUCUAUAUUUCAAUGUGGAGAAGUGUGCCGUCCUUCAUCUGCGCCCAACCAACUCUCAUUCAAAUGAGAGCCUGAGGACACAUUACCCCAAAGACAUUACACUUCCCGCAGAAUCUUCACAGAAGGAUCUCGGGGUUUGGAUACAGAACAAUCUGAAACCAACACUGCAGUGCAGCAAGGCUGCGAGCAACGCCAUUGGAGUGCUGCAUGCAAUCAAAAGUCCGUUCGUAACCUUUGACAAAGACCAUUUUAGGAGAGGUUACGGCACCUUUGUUCGGCCCCACUUUGAAUAUGGCAUACAGGUGUGGCGGCCAUGGCUAGAAAAGGACCAAACAUGCCUUGAAAGAGUACAAUGUCGUGCAACGAAGUUGGUGAACGGUUUAAAAAACCAAUCAUACAGAGAAAGACUGAAUUGUCUUAAUUUAUUCCCCCUGUGUUACAGGCAGCAAAGAGGUAAUCUUAUCCUCGUCCACAAGAUAAUACAUGGCCUUGAGCAUGGACUUAGCUUUGAGGACAUGUUUCAGUGGCACCUUCCACCCAAUCUUCGUGGUCACUGGACGAAUCUACGGUCAAAAAUAUCCAGGCUGAAUCAUCGUUCUGAUUUUUUCACGCAGAGGGUAGUCGAGAAAUGGAACGAUCUCCCCCAGUCAGUCGUGGAGACGACGUCUCUGCAACUCUUCAAGAAACGCUUGGAUGAUUAUUUGUGUCCCAUGUUUUCUCUUGACAGUCUGAACCUGAUCUAAAUACCAUCCGAUCCCCGGAUUUUUUUGAUCUCAAACAACGCCACUCAAAUGAAUCAAGUGCUGUUGUAAUAGCGAAUAUUUUCAUUGUUCGUGUACAGUUGUAUCUAACGAGCUCAGAUGUAAUCAAUAGGGUUUUCAAAGGUUUUCCUAUUGUCCUUUCCAAAUAAACAGAAUAAACUGAGCUGGUUGGAUGAUUUCCAUUUCAUUUGCAACAUGUUUUGUGGAUUAGAUUAGUUAAGCUUAAUAAGUAAGGCCAGUAUUUCUGAUUGGAACACAGUGCAUCCUUCUAAUUUAAAAACUUUGGUGAUGAGCUCUCGACGUCCAUCACAGCGUGUUAACUUUCAGUGGUUCAGUUCCUUCGUGGUCGAUAUCUGUGGCAUACAGCGUCCUUCAGUUUUUAUGUUCCGUGGUUCGUAGCAAACCCAUUGAUCUGCGUCUUCGGUGCCCUUAUGUUUCCAGGAUUCUUUCUGGAGGGCAUCUCUUCAAUUUUCUACCACUAAAGGUUUGUAGCAGCCGUUCCACCCCCUUUUCUCCGGCUCCCUUUUGUCGAUCGAUACCUACGACGUAGAUAAGCGUUCGUUCACGGAGAGCAUCAGUCGCGGUGGCUGUUUUAGCGGGAAUGCAUGUCUGUGUUAUCCGGAGAGGGUGACCGUCUGAGUGCUGGUCGUGUGAUUGGACAGAUUAUGGUAGGGAUAGGGGGCGCAUACUUACAAGGUCUGACGGGUAUCCAGCCAGAGCGUUUGACGCGCGUGAGGUGAUGAAAGUUUGUCAGGGCAACCAAGAGUCACUGCAGUUGGACCGGAGGUGCCCCAGGUCUAGCCGGCGGGGGUUGCAGUGUGUCGACUGUUGUUGCGGCCAUCGAUCCACAAAACGGAGCCGGUGAAAAGGGGGACUGGAAAGGCUGCUGUAGGUCUCAGUGGGGGCAUUUUCAAAUUUUCUUCUAUUGAUUGUCCGAACGAAAUGACUGAUAUGAAUUUUGGAUAUUUUUGCUGGGCAAUACGGUAUGUGCACUUUCCUACCGCGAAAAGUGACACAAAACGAGCUGAAGUCCCUUUACGUAGUCCUUACAAAACGCUAUCCCUAACUUUAAUGCAUAACUUAACCCCAUCCCUAAUCUUCACAGCAGCUCCAAGUUAGAAGUUCGAAAUCCUUGUGAAAUUGUCGGUUUGAAAUCACAACAGCUAGCACCAUUGAAGUGAGCCAAGAAUAUCAUAAAACCUCUCGUGGAGAAAAGCAAACCAAUCACCAAACAGGUUUUGGUGACCAAUAGGAUACGCGUGGGCACCGACGACCCUACAAGAUCCCACGCGCGAUUAGGACAGGCUGUUCAUCCUAUCUUUAUCAAAUAGAAAAGAUAGGUCCCCACCGUUACCUCCAAUAUAUACGAUCGUUUAACCGACACCGUUCUUCCACUGUGUAAUUCCAUCUUUCUACUAAUGACCAACUUUGCAAUGACUACCAAAUUCUUUUCAUUGCUUUGACCGGACAGUCUUUUGUUUGGUUCUCUAAUUGACGAAAUGAAUACAGAACGCAUAGAAUGAAGGCCAGGUUGAAGGUUGCGGAUGACGGGCUUUAGAAGACCGAAAUGGACUUGGGGCUCUCUGUCCACGUCCCAGUUUGAGGUGCAGAGUACGCCGACGAAGGAGAGGGUACAAAAGGGACCAGACCACCGGUGCAACUUGACUCCUAUGCCUAUUAAGAGACAGGCAUUGUUGGACCACACGUAACUGCCUGGUUCGUAUAUGGUGCAGUGUGACAGGUGCCCCUGAUAGCUCUGCCAAUGGAAACUGGCAGGCAAGCCAAACUGCUCUCGGCUGUUAGUAAGAGGGUGAGAGCAGACCCGAUGCGAAGAAUGAUUCCCGACUCCCCCACUCGCCUAAGAAUGUGGCCGUUGUUGAGGUCGACCACUUCUAUUUGGGCCGCAUUCAUAAAAGCGAAGUGACCCCCGAUCUGCGUUUGACUUGGGCGAUUGAUUCGUCCAACUUCGUCAACUGUCGUACCCCAGAUGUAAAGGGAAAGACUUCCUUCAGCACUAGCGAUCUUUCUUUCUGCAGAAAUCUUGUCGUUCGUUUUUCGUCUGGAUGUGCUAUUUGCUUCAGUCCGUAGGUUCCGGCUGCCGGGAUUAAAACGUGUUUCCUUUAAUCGGCCACCUGUCAUCCAGCAAUAGCAUUUUUACAGCCCUUUGGACCUCCAGCCUCAAGAAAGCUAUUCGUAACACCUAUCCAAUUUUGGUUACAUUCGCUCCUGUUUCCCAUUAGCUUGUCCUCGAAGCCAUUUUGACUAUCAGAGAUGAGUCCCUGUUAGUAAACCAAGGUACUUGGAACAGCGACAAAGGUAUGCCCGGGGGCAUGCCGUCUGUUUCAAGACCCAUUGUUGACUCGCAGUUCGAGGGUCAUAGCAGUUUUAGGAAUGUGACCCCAACAGAGACGAUCGAUUUCACCAAUCGCCUCAAUUUUGGGCGAAAGGAUGGACCGGAAACCAUUUUUCUCAUCGGCUUUUGGAGAUCUGUUCUCAUCCUUUUAAUAACGGCCUAUAGGGUAGUUUGGCUUACCUACCAGUUCCCGUCAGAAGAGCCGCCACGGUGCCUGCUACAAUGCAGUCAGUACGAACCAUACGGACACAUGUGGUCGCACAAUGCUCAUCCCUCAAUAGGCAUGACGAUCAAGUUCCGCCAACCGUCUGGCCUCUUUAAUGUCCUCUGUUUUUUAUUUUAUCUAACUUGGCAUUCCGAAUCCUUUACUGGAAACUAUAUCCCGGGGCAGGAAGCCACUGAUCCAUUCCGGUCGCCUAGAGCUAGUCAACUGUAACCACCAAUCCAGCCAUCACCCCAUAAUUUACACCCAUCUGUUCAGACAACUGUGAAAUCCUAGCACUGGUUCGAUGCGAUAUUCAAUAUCAAGAGCAUUACUUCUUUAUUUAUUCCUGAGUCACCAUUCUUUCGUUCGUCUUCGGGAUACGUCGCAUCAGCAGCCCUAUUCUUGAUUCUCAUAACCGACUUCUUUUAGGUCUCUACUCUAUUCGGAUUAUGGUGGUCGACAGAAAAGAUCAGAGUUCCGGUGCUGUUGCUCAGUCAUCUGAUUCUGAGCCACUGUUUGAGAAUCCAUCCGCGGUUUCGCAAAGAAGCAGAAGACAAGACCGCAUCACUGUGGCCAUCCUUUUCUGUGUAAAUUUGCUUAACUACAUGGAUAGGUUUACCAUCGCAGGUAAAGUUAAUCUGACGACACUAACCUUCUCAGGGAUACCCAAUAUGAUUAGGGACUACUAUGGCAUUGACAGUAAACUCCUUGGGCUUCUUCAAACAUCUUUCGUUGUCUCAUACAUGUCCCUGAGUCCUGUGUUCGGUUACUUCGGUGAUCGGUGGAAAAGGAAGUAUUUGAUUGUGACUGGACUUGUCCUCUGGUCCUUUGUUACGCUGGCGAGUUCGUUCGUUCCUCCCGAUGUAGGCAACUCCCUUAUUUUUGUGUACAUUUUUUGAAGCGUUUUUGGACUUUUUUGGUUCUUCGCUGUCUUGUGGGCGUGGGUGAAGCAAGUUACUCUACGUUAGCCCCAACCCUGCUAACCGAUCUCUUCGCUGAGGACUCCAGGACUCAGGUGCUAGGAUUCUUCUAUUUUGCUGUCCCUGUGGGGAGGUCAGUUUAUGUUACGAUUUUCCUUUUACAUGCAAACAUGUUCUCUUUGCGCUCCAGAAGCCCUAAGCCAGUAGUUUUAUCGUUGAAUUCGAUUUUAUCUUCUGCGAAAAGUUUGGGCCAUGAUAUCUCGAAUUAGCUGUGUUGCAAAGCUUCGAUUUUUGAAAUCCUGUCUGAGCUUUAAAAGAAAUGAAAAUUGACUCAGUGCCUUUAGUAUGAGUAGAUGUUCCUCACAAAGUAUCCUCGUACGCAAACUUAGUUCCAUCACCUGACUUCUUCACUUUGUCGACGCAUCGGUCGUACCUAGCCAAUUUUCUAUGCCUAAAGUCUAUAUAAACCUUUGGUUUUAUUCGGGACUACCUCAGGGAAAUGCGUCUGUUAAACACGUGCUCGGCCUAGUUAAAGACUUAAUCAUUGUCUCGAACGGGUGUAAGGGGAAAUUAAGCACCCAUUUUACUCUGAGAUAUACAAGUAUUUCACGGCCGCUACUGGUUAUUAAAGACGGAUUCCAAAUUGUCACAUUUCUGGCUUUGCUUGGCUUUAACGUCUCUUUAUGCAAAUCUUUCGCUUCCUCGCUUAUUUUCCCUCUUAUGUUUUUCCAUAUCCAUAGUGGCCUGGGUUUUGUCAUGGGCUCCUGCAUCGCAGAAUCCCUUAACAACUGGGCUUGGGCCCUCCGCAUUACCCCAGCUCUAGGCCUCCUCUGCAUUUUGAGCCUUCUGUUCUUCCACCAGGAUCCGCCUCGAGGUCGCGCUGAUGGCGCUGCACAUCUGCACGCAACUUCUUGGUGGGCAGACAUAAAAACCCUCCUCAUGAAUCGGUGUUACUUACUAGUAUCCUUUGGUUUCACAGGGACCUGCUUUGUACUGGGUGCUCUGUCCUGGUUUGCUGUUGAUUUCAUUCAGGCAGCAAUCAAUGCCCGAGCAAACAACCCCAAGGAGGCUGAUAAGUACAAGUGAGAUCAUCACCAUUUUCAAACGUUUGCUGAGUUGUACGAUGUGCCACUUGUCUUGCCUGCCAGUAAUUCAGUUUAACAUUCCUCAUAUCUUCUCGCAUACUCGUACUUAUAAUCAAACAACCUUGAUCUUUUGUAGUGAAAAUGAUAUUACAAUGGUUUCUGUCACCAUUGUUGAUUAGGCUGUCUGCCAGGGAGGCCGAGGCCGUCAAUGGAACCUGCUUGUUUAGUUAGACCACUAACCCACAGUCAGCCGUAAGGGGUCAGUCAGAUGGACAGCAGAGAAGCGUGUUCAUGCACCGUCUUUGGUUUGGAGCAGGUGACUUACCACCAAUUGUAGCCGACGGUGGGAAUGACCAUGACAUGUCCAGUGACCAGACCAACACAUGAAAUCCUUGUGCAUCAGAUCACUUGUGGCCGUUUGCACCUGCAGCACCGGUACGAGAGUUUGGGCCAGUAAUACCCAUGGCAGCGAUUCGUACGCAAGAAGUGACACUUGUCUUCGUUAUUCAAGGCUGACGUUGCUGCCUCAUAUUAGAACGUAGUUUUAAUGAAGGAAUCGUUUUACCGACGACCCGUGUCUAGGUGGGGAUUUUGACAUCCCCUUCCCCAGACUUACGCUUCUCUCUUGUCUAAUAAUCGAAGUCGAUUAUAGGAAAUCACGCGUAUAGUCUUUGUAAGCUACGUUCCUCUUGUGGCUUGUUGACCUGUUUGCCGAGACUGAUUGUGGUUGAAUAUAGAGACUGAACUCUGGCGGAACAGUUUGAAGAGCGGAUAAUUUGUACAUCUCAUAUGCUUGGGGCUUACUACACCAAUCUUCCUCAGCAGAAACACACGGCCCGCAAAUAUACUUUUAUCUCUCUACCGUCUGUAUUUUAGUGUCGCCCUUCUUUUUGGAAUUUGCACAUGUUUUGCCGGUCUGCUGGGAGUGGUUUUGGGCUCCUUUCUCGGUCGAAAAUUGCGGGUUUUUACGUCGGUCGCUGAACCUUACGUCUGUGGUGGCGGCUUGUUGCUAAGUGCGCCAUUUGUGUACGCCAGUUUACUGUCUCCGUAUUUCAACUUCUACCUUUGCAUGGUACGUUUCUGUUGACACGUUUUAUCUGCAAUAAUUUUCUCUAACCAGCAUGCUUCAUCACCACCAUUAACGUCACCCAGCCAUCGUUGUAGUCAUAGUAUAUUUAGAGAGGAACGAGUAGGAUAAGUCCCACUUGGUAGUUUCAGAGGAGAUAAGUUUUCUGGGACGUCAGCUUUGUCCUUCUUACGUUCCGAACCCUAUUGCAAAUUGACUUUCGAAGAAAAAUGUGGAUAUAAAUGACGCCUUUGGAGUACUAUCCCACUGGAAUCACCUUGCCAUGAUCGUAUCAUGCUCGUUUUCGCUUCUUGAGACUAGAAACUGGGAAGCUUAAAUCUGAGAAGUGUAACCAGCAAAGGUAGGGAGGCUGUAAUGACCGUUUUGGACUUUCGUCAUCAGCCAACUCCAUCCGAACUCCAGACGGACGUCUGAGAUUCGAGCCAGAGUCAGUUAUUUAUCGAGCAACACUGUCAAGUAAAUAUGACGUAGGCGCACAGCAUACUGGCGAAAAGGCUGAGUGAUGAUCAAUUGACUUGGAUCAAAACCUUGGAUGCACCAACGCCUGAGUUUGGGGUGUUACCGGCCACAUACAAUGUAAAUAACCAUUCCAGUGUCCCUUUUAUCAUAAGUAACACUUUUGGUCAUUGUUUGCUAACCGUCGUGGGACUGCCUGCGUAAGCUGUAGACCCUCUGCACCAAGGUAAAACGAGAAUGCUUCUUCCAUCCUUCAACUUAGGCGAGUUCGUUAACACCACUUAUAUUAGGGAUUUGUAUCUUCCUAGGACGGAAGACCAGAAGCCGAUCAACUUACAGCUUGCUUGAUCCUCCCCACCAUUUUCUUUAGUCGUUACGAAAUGAAAUCGCCGACUAGCGUAACCAGAGGCUAUCCUGCGGGUGUUUGUUUAAGUAGCCUAUAGAGUGUUUUGAGAUGGAGUAAGGGGGUUUCGGGAGAGAUCUCUAGAAUUGGAGCAUCAUCUUCCUCAUAUUUGCGUUCCACGGCGGAUUAAAUUACUUCUGUUUUUUCGAUCCUGCGGCUGGGCUUGAGGCAGGACACAAUGUCAAACAUAGCCAGGAUCUCACUCGGCUUCGGUCAGGCUUCCAAAACUUUCUGGAUUACUAAGCCGCGGUAGAAUCCAACUUUUGGCACAUUAAUUGCAUUACUCUUCCAAUCCACCGGUGAAUAAUUCAGUAGAGGCGCCUAUGUUAAGGCGCUAUUUUGUUUUCGCUCAUGGCCACUAACCUCUCAGCCGUUAUUGCCGUAUUGCUGAUUGUAUUUCUAAUACUGACUCGAUGGUUUUGGCCACAGCUGCGCGAGUCGGCUCCGCUCCCCACAGGUGUUCGUCUCUCGGUCCUUGGCUGUUUCAUUAGGCGCAACUAAAAAAAGCUUCCACAGACCCGCAAAGGCCAGCAUGUAGUCUCUCAGGUGCCACAACUCGUCUACUCAAGUGACUUGGAGUCGGGAAGGAGGAAAACGAGCGUUGAUUAAACACCAUUAGAUAGAAUAGCAGGGCUGAGUGCCUUUGGUGAACCGUCGAAGUUAGUCUGCUAAAUCUGAUGCAUUUGCAAGCAACGGAACAUAACUUGCGUGGUCGGGACUUGGGAUGUAAAUUCAUAUAGCAUUCAUAACAGACUGCAAUCAGAGGGCGUUUUAAAGUUUUAAAAUAGACAUUACACACUGUAAGCCAUAAAUUCGGUUGAUAAACCACCUGGUCCGGAACAAACAACAUUGGUCAGCCUCCUCGGGAUCACUCUACUAACAAUUUUCCCCGCAAUUAGCGUUUACUAGUCAGUUUUUUGCAAAAGUGGCCUAGUUUUGUUGCGGAACAUAAAUACCAUCCUUGAAUGGCGUUGGAAAUUGUACAUAAAGCAGUUAGAGGAAAUCACAAAAUUAUAAUUUGGACCAGAUUAGUGUCCGCAUAACCCUCUUUUUCAUUUUAGUUUUUUGUCUUUAUCGGACAGCUUCUCAUCUGUCUGAACUGGGCUUUGGUAGCAGAUAUGACAAUGGUGAGCAGAUUUUUCCGUUUUCCUCAACUUUUUGGACAUAUUCAAACCUAUAUGUAACUAUUACUUGCUUUUCACGUUAUAAAACGACAAGAAGCAGCUGAAGGGCCGUCGCGGUACUUGUAGGUGGGAGUACAUUCACUUGUGCUGGCCUGUUUUUCUGCCUAACUUUGGCGUUGUAUUGAGCAUCUAAGCCUGCGAGCAUUCUGGUUAAUCGAUUCACUUUGAACCACCAAAAUGCGAGGAUCAAGUGUCGUUUAAAAGAAAAAGGAGAGAGGAAGAGAAGAAAUCCUCUAACGUCCUUGCUUUGCACAGAACUCGCGUAUGUUAGACGAGCGCGGGUGUGUUAUCAUGUGAUCGCGGGUGUACAGAACAACUUUGACCGCUGGAAUCGUGUGUGUGGACGACUGCCAUUAGCCGACAGGUUUAGUGACUGCAUGACUGCAUCCGUGUGAGCCGUUAAUUGUCAGUAGCGCCACCUGCGCGGCGUGGAUUGGCAGUCCACAAAUUAUAAAGACCAACACAGUAGUGCAGCGCAUACUUCCUGAGGCUGCAGCAGUCCCGUUCUCCACCAAAGGGCCCCCUGAGCAGCGGAAGGUUUUCCAAGGCCAUCCCUCAGUGAUGCCUGGAGAUGUAUCCUUGUGAAUCAGCCAAAAAGCCCACUGCCACUGUUGCUACUACCUCUAGUGUCCUAUUGCAUCCUGGUUUCCUUCGUAAUUUAAUAUAACAUGAAAACAGAUCUUCUACAUGGACAUCUAAGAUGACUUCAUCUCGCCAUAGUCGUAUUUGAAUCUUUUAUUGAAUGCAGUAAAUCCAGUAAUAUCGACAUUUGUGCCGCGCCGCCUGGUGAUUAGGACGUGUGCGCCCACGGUAUAUUAGAAAGCCUGGAAUUGAUGGAGCUUUUAGGGGAGGCGUUAAUUUCCUUGGUGUCGAGAUCCGUUUUUGCGUCAGCGCGUUUCGCGUGAGUGGACUUUGACACGUGCGCAUUGGUUUUUAGGGGCAUAGUUAGAUUAAAUUGCAUCCGCGGCUUCGACAUGAAAAUAGUGCCUCUAACGUUUUUUGCACUUAUUCCUUCGAAGUUGUUUUUGACCGUAAGGCCUCCUUGCGCUAACAUUUUUCCGAUCACCCUAUGCGGUCAUCGUAUAGAAUACAUUAAACUUAAAAGCUCUUCUCUACUCCACGUUCUUUGCCUAGGACACCCUCUGUGUAUAUUGUCACACAAAGUGCGUAACUUUGUCCGGGUAGCCUGCCGUUUUUGACUUAAAACUAGUCGCCAGGACCCGUUUUUGCUCUGUCUGGCGUUCAUCACUAUAUGCUUCCAACGUCUCACUCUAUGCCAGCCAGUAUAAUUGUUCCAGACCAUGGAGUGGUUCAGUGAACCCGCUGCUUCGAUGCAGUUUGACGGUAGAGCCGUCCACCACUGCGGUCACUGACCAAAGCACUUUUAUAACCCCAACUUGUCCCACACAUUCUGUCUGGCUCAGGUUAGUCAAACGAGGGUAGAUGACUUCGUCAACCGAUCACUGAUUUUGCCCACAUAAUAUCUGCACAAGAACCUGAGCACAUCUUUUACCCUUUAUUUUAGUCUGUUGUGAUUCCGACGCGAAGGGCCACUGCCAGCGCCCUUCAGAUGGUCCUGUCACACAGCCUCGGCGAUGCAAUCAGCCCGUUAAUAAUUGGCACUGUAAGUUGGUGAGGGCUUAAUGCCUUUGUCGAGGUCGCACUGUUUUUCCAGCUGUUCCCUACUUCCCAGAUGGUAAAGGUCCUUUCUACUCGCAACUCUGAGUGUCAGCAUAUAGACUUCUCCAGCACUAUCAGUGACUGACGUGCCUCAAGUGUGGGUCUUACGGUCUACAAGCUGACUUGUACAUGGUACGGCUGUGAUCAUGCCCAAUCUAGUCGGCCUCAAUGAUGUCACCUAUCGUACUUCUCCACGCGUGACGAUCCGCGACAGCGGAUUUGGGCUGAUCGACCCAUUCUGUUCUCCGUCGACGGGGGCCAAACACCGGACAUCCUAGAACCACUCCCAUGUCUUAACGAACUGUGUCAAUUCAGAUGAGCAUUUGGCGAGCAUACGUUUGCUUUCGAUAUGUUCGCAUUGGGCCAGUACGCAUAUAUGAGAUCAAGGUACAAAGUAAAACGUUUGAGCGAUAAGAGGAAUCGAUUAUGGUUUGUCUUUUCUGUAAGAUGUGGUUUGGUAGCCCCACCUGGUGGACACAAUGCUGUUGGGGUUGGGGGUUAUGGUUAGGAGUUAGGGUCAGCUGUUAGGGUUUAGGAUUAGUGUUUAGCGCAACUAUUUCUCAGCCAUUCAAAGUACCACCGUAAAUUCCAAAUAGCUGUUCUUUUGCAUACAACUACUUGACCUCGUUGCCUGUGCGUUCCUCGGCCCCACCUGUAAAAACCCCUAUUGCCACCGGUCCCGUAUUAGAGGUGACUGGGGUUUGUUUACUUCAGGUGGGGCUACAUAGCCACAUCUUACCGUCUUCUCAUACAAGCGCGGUGUGUGAAUAGGAUGGGGGGGGGGGGAGGAUUACGUAGAGUCGGGCCACAAGGGGAGGGGAGGGAGACAUGCAUACAGUCAAUCGAUCCUUGCCCACGGUAGACGCGGAGCGUGCAUGAGGUUCUUCUGCGCGCACAGGACCGGCCUCUGUAGCCCGAUGGCAGUCGCUUCUGCUGUCGCUAGUAAGCGCUUACCCAGUCGCUUAGGAUAGUUAGGUAGGCUCCACACGAUACCCAGAAUCAACCAUGUGUGCGAGGAUGGAGCUGUUUAUGCCCUGAACUUCACCUUUCCUCAGCCAUGCCGGCAGGCGUUCUCGUAUUCUUGUGGAUAGGCGCCGACUCGUACGACCAAUAUGGUCUGCCCCACAGGAGCAAGUAGAGGACAAAAUGCACAUGGAUGUGUUCUGAGCUGGUAGCCUACCCUUAUCAUCCCCGCGUAAGACGGGCUUGGUCGAGAACAAUACAUGAACUCCUGUUGCCGGGUGGGCCGCUGGGAUACAGGACGAACUGGGAGUUGGCUACAGGGAUCUUUAUUCUCCUAGUUCCUAAGUCGGCGAUUCGGACUCUAGGUAGGCAGCAUACAUCCACGCUGUAUCGUUGCAGAGCGCAUCAGUUCCGCGGACGCCGCAGCAUUGAUUGUAAUACAGUAAUCGAACAUUUUCAUUACGUUUAUCGGGGAUUUGGAAUACCGGCGGGUCCUCUACAGCCGCUCGAAUGGUUUGUUAGGGGUUGUCUCUUCUAACGCUUUGGUACAGUAACCAACUACAAGGCAGCGUUGCAAGUCAGCCCAUUUAAUUUCGGUCGCGGUCGCCAUGUCACACUGCCGUCAUCGAGCUUUUCAACACUUGAUAAGGCCGUCGGUGUACCAAAUCUUAGCCCUCCGUCCCCUGAUGGCAAUGUCUUUGCUGGUCCGCGACUGCUUAUUCGCCAGACCCGAGACUCGCUUAUUUCGCAGCUAACCUUCGCUGAGGACCGCUCCACGAUCCGCCACCUGUGGACGCCCCAAGUAUAUAGUAGCUGGGAUAACUAGUAAAAGAAGCUGACUAGAUCCGAAAUACGCGCUUUAUGAAAGCUGAAGGUAUGUCCGUCCUAUGCGAUGGGUGUAUGAUAAUCCGAAAGCUCCACUUUAGUCUCUAUGGCGUUCGUACGGGUAAGCCUUCAGUUUUAAUUCAGUUCGCUCUCACUCGGAUGGGAUUUGUGGACAACUGCAGAGAUUUCGAUAAGCGACAGCCUAUCGCUCAGCUGAAUCACAUGCUAGCUAGGUCCAGCCUGUGGCCUAUAGCUUACACUCACACGAAGUGUCUGUAGUAGUCCAGAGCCCCCCACCCCCCUGGUGACCUUUUUAUGUAGCGAUUAGCUGUCAAAACUUCGAGCUGUCAUUAUUUUGGUCGUUGCAAAUUCGUUUGCCGCUUGCUUGUUUGGCCUUUGCCUUGAAACGGUCAUGAGAGGUAGUAAUUUAGCCUUUCGUACUGUCUUGUGAACUACAGUGCGUUCCAACCCAUCGGAGGUUCGUGGGGACAUUUGUGUGUUGUUGUACUGAGGGAUAAUUAUUUCUCUAGAGUACAGCAUUCACCUGGUGCUAGUGCCUUUUCCAAGCGCCGUGGGCUUGGAAAUGGGACCUAGGCAGAUCUCGCACAAACGUCGGUCACGCGUUAGAUGAAGGCUUUCGCCGCGUCAGUCAUUACUCAACCGAUCUCAUAACCUCCAAUUGGCUUGUCCCAGACAUGCCGCUGACGGGUGAUGUAAAAUCCGCCUCCUAGGUGACGUUUAACGCCUAUCCAGCAUUUAGUUUCCUUACCAUGAUAAAUCUGAUGCGUUUUCAAACUACUACGACGCGCAAAAAGUCGACAAUCUGAAGGUUACAAUUGGUACGACUGUGAUCAUGCCGGAUUUAACCGGUAUCGUUACCAUUCACCUUGGAACAUGAUACGCAUAUUUUAUAGUUCAAACUGUCUUUAGACAUCCAUUUCGAACAGACAAAACCAGUGUAUUAUCUCAGCGGCGUCGACCUUCCCGAGCUUUUAGGCCUCUGUUAGUUUCAGUGAGCAUUCCGCAGGGCCGUCGUCCCACAUUCCUUCGGAGAUUGCAAGUGCUUCAAGUUAGCCUCCCUCAACCUCACCGGUACUGAAAACCGAGUUUUUCCUUCGACAGAAGCCAUCCCCAAAAUGCACUUUUUCCGUUUUUUCCUUUAGAACCCUUAAAAGGUGAGUCAUUGCAAUGGUUCGUAGUUUAUUUGGUCUUUUUUGUUAAUAUCAGCCUGAGAAUCACCCGGUGGGAUGGUUACUGGCUUUCCGAAAGUGCUUCCCGACUUUACUUCUGCCGGUUUUCCACUUAGAGCGAAGUAGUUUUCAUAACACCAAGGCUUUGCCUCUACUCAGCUUUUCGUAGUGGUGGCUUCUGAUAACCACUCAUCAGCCGUCCCUCCCUCUUUCACGGAGACGAGCCCUGCGUGUACCAGUUAAUUCCGUUAGUUUUGUUCUGUACUCACCAUGAGUGUUGAUUAGACGACUAAAAUGGCCUUUUCGCGGCCCUUUUCCGCCUAUUUGUGCACUGAUCCAUGUGUGCUGGUCCUGCCCUUCAGAUCGCGGAUGCCCAGGCACAUUCGGAUUCGCUGGAGUGGCACUACUUGGGCAUGCAGAGAUCCCUCUUUCUGACAGUGUUUGUCUGCGUCGUUGCUGGUUUUCUACUCCUGUUGUCUUCUUGGUAUCUGGAGGCGGCCAAAGAACGCGUCCACUUCAUAAUUGAAGGUAAGUCAUCACGUUCGCUCGGUCGCUGAAAUUGGCCACAAACCGUAUUUUGCAGAUGACAUGGCGUCCAGCGACUUGAACUGCAUGGGGUUUGCUCUGCCUCUGUCUUGUCGCCACAUUGCAUGGCAGCGGCUACUUAAGUUCUCUCGUCCAAUGGCUCACUUCUCGCGUCUAGAAUCCCACCGUGCUCGCAUUGUCGCUUACUUCUGUCAUGUAAUGCCUGCGAGUGAGGGCGAUGUCAUUGCCGUCAGCCAGAAAAGAGACCUUUCUUUUGCCGUUGAUCCUGCGCCUGUCCGGCUAGGCCAUGACCAGACACUGCUUGGGUGGGGGAGGGCCUGACUGAGGAGUACUUUCCCGCACUGCACGGAGUCGAAGAGGGACGCUUCUACUCUCUCCACCGAUUUCAGGGGUGUGCAGGAUGAUGGACAAAGUGUUGGCUGAUAAAAGAAAACGUUCUGAAUGUCGUAACACUGCUAUGGCUUGGAAGAAUCUCAUGGAUAACUGAUUUGCCAAAUUAGCACCUAGCCUCUGACAGUAGUGCCGCUGCAUGUUCUAUGCCUGACUAUUCAUAAAGUUCGUGAGCCUACUUCUUUUACAGUUUGCUUUCACUAAAAAACUGUUCACUACACAGCAACUGUGGACCCGCUGGUUACUUUGCAGCUAGGCUGAAACACAGGCCCCGGUCUUCCUGGGACUCCUGGUUCAGGUGUAGUCACGUUGACUUGCGUGUGAACUAGUCUAUAGUGAGAGUAGACUUGCGCAGCACCUACUGCAUUCACUCCUUCCCACCCGGACUCUGUGUCAAGGCAAAGUCAAGAAGACCGGAGGUGGGUGGUGCGGCCGAACCCGCGCCUUGGCGCUCCAUCCCACACUCCCCGACCCACAAAAAACACUGAACCAGGAUUUUUGACAACAACAACAACAAAAAAGACGCGGAUGACUGGGCAGCUAUGCAGAAGACCAGUAUAUCGAGCGCGAGUGCGAGCGCAUAUGUCGACAGGUAUCGGAGAACUGCCGGCGCACUCCAGGCUGAGAGGGCCAUCGUUUGCUGGUCAUGGCAUUGCAGACUCCCACAAACCGCCCAGAAGGGUGACACACAACCCCGCAUUUGGCUGGGCCAUCACCCUUCAAAGGCUGGGUAACCAGUCAGUCAGCGACUGAAAGGCUCUACCCAUUAAGUAAGAUAAAAGUCACUUUGAGUAGGAGCCGCGACAGCCUUGCUCUCAGCCCAUCAGUCCGCCACUCCACGCAAACACAAAACAGGGCAGAUUGCGAAGACUAGGUUGAGGCGUCUGUUGGCAACCUUUCAAGCUACGGCGCCGGACGUGGAGGAAGUAGCGUGGUCGACAAGGCAGAUUCCCAGAUCAGAAGCCAGGUAAGACGGGUUGUAUUGGACAACCUUUACUGCUGGGAGUGCGUACACAAAAUUCUGCGAGCAGUCGCCGCGAGCGCGCUCACCAAGCAAACUGUUGUUUCUGUCCGCCUUCGAGGUGCUCAGACCCAGUGCGUGUGUCCUCCUUUCGUUGUCUCAGUGUCCGCCAGCCACUCAGAGGAGGGGCAACGUUGAUUGGUUUCGAGCACUCGCGAGGCUAGUGACAAGCCUCGCGCGUCCGAAAAGGGGAUCGACAAGGAGUGUGCGGCGGACAGGAAGACAGCGUGACAAAGGCGGAGGGCAAGGAGACGCAAACUGCAACAGGCGCACUAUCGUAGUCUCAGACACGGAUCACGCAUGCAGCAGAGGGGCCGCCUAGAGACGGAGCCGAGAAGCACACUUCCUACUUACGUGAGAUGUGGCAGUCAAGUGCUUGCAAUGGUGAUAUUGUUGUGUAAUGCGGUUGGCGGGGGAUGUAUGAUGUAGGCAGUUGUCAACCGUAGGUUUUCGUGGACGCGUAUGUGACCUAAUAAGCCCAUGCGACAGUGUGAUCGCCGGUGACGGGGAUGGCGCGGGAUUUGUGGCAGGGGCGAGAGUGGGGGAAGACGUAGACGUUGUCGGAUUGAUGGCGCAUCGGGUUAGGUGUCCCACAAAACCAAUGCGAGCGUGGAAUGCGCAUUGGCAGCAGGGGCAUGUUAGAAGAAGCGAAUGGUUGGCAUUGAGGAGGGGCGGCACUUGUGAUUUGCGAGUCUAUCUUUUGGCUUUGGCGGCGACGAUACGAUUUGCCCCGUAUACGGCAGCGCCAGUCUGUUCUGGGCGAGCACCGGUGGCGACAAGACGGAAAAGUUGUUUCAGCAGACGUGUGUCUUCCAUCCUCAUGAGAUGGCGGCUCCAACGUAGUUGCAGUUGCCUCAGCAUGGCCUGGUUGCUGAGUUUUUCGGUCCGUUCUAGAUCUUUCAUGCCUGGGAUCCUGUCUUGCCAUAUCUCAAAAAGACGGCCUUUUACAUGUUCAGUUUGGUAUUCAAUUGGAGACCGUGAAAAUCCCACACGGAGUUCUGCAUGCGGCCGAAGGUUUGGCUGGUUUUGGAGAUCUGAUGGGCCAUUUCGUCGUCGAUUCUGAUGCAGCGUGACAUUAUGCUGCCCAGGUAGUUGAAGUUAUCCACGGGCUUCGGUUCGGUGCUGUUGACGUGGAUGCGAGGAACACUGUAUUCAGUGUUCGAUGGCUGUUGGUGUGCGAUCACCGUCUUGUCCGUAUUGGUAAUCAGUCCGAAGCGGACGCAGCCAGGGGCGAAACGACCCAUGUUCCGUUGCAUAUCUUCUUCGUUCGUGCUGUUGAACGAACAGUCGUCGACGAAGAGCAGCUCGUGGAUAGUAGUUGUGGAGAGACGCGUCGUGACCUGCAUUCGCCGCCUGUUGGGAAGGUAUCCGUCGGUCAUGUAGUCGAUACGGAUCCCGGGCACUCAUCACGGUAGGCGUCCAUCAGCAUAGCAGAGAAAAUGAGGGCUGAAGAAGGUAGGCGCGAGUACGCAGUCCUGCUUCAAUCUAUUAGUCACCGCGAAUACCUCGGACAUUGCGCCGUUGUCCGUGACGCGGACCAUCAUCCCAUCGUGGAGCUGAUGUACCCUGAGGACAGCCGAACUUUUGCAUGAUUCUCCACAGAGGUUCGCGAUCCACUGUGUUGAAGGCUCUCGUCAGAUCCACAAAAAUGGCGCUGAAGUUGGUCCGCAUCUCCUGGCACUUCUCUUUUAGCUGGCGAGCGGCAUAUUAGUGAUUGCACGAUGUCACCGGAAUCCACAUUGGCUUUCAGGCAGAAGUCCUUGCUCUAAGUGGCCGUUGAGACGAUUGAGGAGUAUGCGGGCGAAGAUCUUCCCAGCAAUGUUGAAUAGCGAGAUGUCCCGUGAUUGUUAGAGUUUCCGGUUCCCUUUGCGCUUGUACAGGUUGGGGAUUGUUGCGUCCUUGAAAUCCUGAGGAACCUGCUCGCGGUCACACACCUGAAAUAGCGCCAUCAGUCGGUGGCCGCCGUGCAUGUAGGUUUCAUCUGGGAUCGCAUCAGAGCUUUCCUCUUGGGGGGUUGUUGCGCGGCGCGGAUGGGGGAGACGGUCGAUGGCGGCGUCGGAGGUUGUGGAGGGAUCCUCGAGGACGCUUCUUUAGUGUUCGGCCAAACGCUUCAGAAUCUGCGACUUCGUUAAAAACGUUGGCUCAUCGGAUCUGAGAAGUGGCGCGGUCUCAUUGGUUUGGCGGCGUAGAUCGCCUUGAUCGCAGCGAAGGAGUUCUUUGACCCGUUGCGGUCGGCGUAUCCCUGGGUCUCCUCGGCCUUGCGAGCCAUCCAGAAGUCCUGUAUUAUUUCUCGCAACCAUUGCUGCGCAAGGCCUCGACCUUGACAGAAGGCCGCACUGUUCGCGUCAGUGGACGGUCGAGAUAGGCUCUGUGCAGCCCGUUCUUCUCGACAGCAGGUUACUGACGGCGGCGUCUUUGCCGUCGGACCGGUCCUUGUGCUGGCGACACACACGGCCGACGCCACCCAGGGCGGUCGAAUUAGUGAUGUCCCGUAGUUGGCAUCACCGAGACUUUACGGAGGCGUUCUCAUCUGCUGCUGGCAGGUGCCCCAGCCGCUGGGUAAGUUGAUUGCUGAAAUGCAAACGGUGAGCAAGCAAAGACAGAGACAACAGCUUACCUGGAGUCCUCUUACCUUGUGGCCUUCUGCGAGGUUGCAGACAGAUCCUUAUCUUGGAGAUGAGGCGAUGGUCCGUCCAGCCAUCACCGUCGCAGAUCGCCUUGAUCACCACCACAUCCUUCUGAUCUCGCUGUAGGACUAGAACAUAGUCCAGUAGUUGCCAGCGCCGCGAUCGUGGGUGCAUGCAGGGGGUCUUCUUCCACACCGGAAAGCGGAGAAAGAUGUUGGUCAGCAGGAGGCGGUAUUCAGAGCGGGUUCGCAGGAGGCCAUUGUCAUUACAGCCGGCCAUUCCGUGAGGAUCCAGCACUCCUCUCCAAGCAGCAUGGUCGCGGACGUUUAAGUCUCCAGGGACAACCAACUUAUCCGCCUUCAGUACAGACGCCAGGGGGACGUGCAGGUCUUCGUAGAACUCAGACUUCACCUCGUCUGGACCGGCCAUUGAUGAUGUUAACGAAUUGCGAUCCCCGAAGAGGCAGGCGCAGGCACGUCAGUCGACGGGCCGAGCAGUCGUCCCAAAAUGUCGUUUCAGAUAGCAAAGAUGACGCCCGGGUCCCGUCACUCUGCCCUAGGGCGGCCGCUUCAGAAGAAGGUGUAGUCGGCACCCACCUCCUCCAGUUUACUUUUUUCGAGAACCGGGUGAAGUAGGGGGGCAGUGAAGUCAGUUGAGGCGGGUGCGGCGACUGUAGAUUGGUGCUCCAGGCAAUAGUUCGCCAUCCUCCGUGCAAUGGAUUCGCAAGUGACCGACCAGACCGAUGUGUGAGGUGAAUGUGCGAUUGCAAUGGGGGCUGGCAUGGGCCGAGUCCACAUGGCUGAAGGUGGGAGUGUUGGUGGUGAUGGGUCAUCAGAAGUCGUCUGAUCGGUGUUUGAAGUCGUGGUGGUGGUGGUGGUGCUGGCCGCUGCGGUCGAUGCAGGGGCUGGAGCAGGGCAGGUGGUGGGGGGCGGGGUAGCGACAGUGUGAUCGCCGGUGACGGGGGUGGCGGUUGGCGCGGGAUCUGUGGCAGGGGCGAGUAGGAGAAAAGGUAGACGUUGUAGGGUUGAUGGCGCAUCGGGUUAGGUGUCACACAAGACCAAUUCGAACGUGGAAUGCGCAUUAAUAGCGCGGGCAUGUUAGAGGAAGCGAAUGGUUGGCAUUAAGGAGGUGAGGCACUUGCGAUUUGCGAGCCUACCUUUUGGCAUUGGCGUCGACGAUCCGAGUUGCCCCUAUACGGCAGCGCCAGGCUGUUCUGGGCGAGCGCCGGUGGCGACAACACAGAGGAGUUGUUUAGGCAGAAGUGUAUCUUCCAUCAUCACGAGAUGGCCGCUCCAGCAUGGCCUCAGCAUGGCGCAGAUGCUUAGUUUUCCGGUCCGUUGCGUUUUCCAUGUCUGGGAUCCUGUUUUGCCAUCUCGGAAAGACAGCCUUGUACAUCAUUAGUUUGGUAUUUACUUAGAGGCCGUGGCAAUUCCACACGAAGUUCUGCAUGAGGCCGAAAGUUUCGCUGGUUUUGGAAAUCCAAUGGGCCAUUUCGUCGUCGAUUCUGAUGCAGCGUGACAUUAUGCUGCCCCGGUAGUUGAAGUCAUCCACGGGUUUUGGUUCGGUGCCAUUGACGUGGAUGCGAGGGACACUGCAUUCAGCGUUCGAUGGCUGUUGGUUCGCGAUCACCGUCUUGUCCGUAUUGAUGAUCAGUCCGAAGCGUACGCAGUCAGGGUCGAAAAGAUCCAUGUUCCGUUGCAUAUCUUCUUCGUUCGUGCUGUUGACCGCGCAGUCGUCGACGAAGAGCAGCUUGUGGAUAGUAAUGGAGAGACGCGUCGUAGCCGGCAUUUGCCGCCUGUUGAGAAGGUACCCGUCUGUCUUGUAGUCGAUGCGGAUUCCGGGCACUCAUCACGGUAGGCGUCCAUCAGCAUGGCAGAGAACACGAAGGCUGAAGAAGAUGGGCGCGAGUACGCAGUCCUGCUUUACUCUAUUAGUCACUGCGAAUGCCUCUGAGACAGCUCCGUUGUCCGUGACUCGCGCCAUCAUGCCUUCGUGGAGCUGACGUACGAUGUGGGUGAAUCGCUCGUGACAGUCGAACUUUUGCAUAAUUAUCCAAAAGGUUCGCGAUCCACUGUGUCGAAGGCUCUUGUCAAAUCCACAAAAAUGAUGCAGAAGUUGGUCCGCAUCUCCUGGCACUUCUCUUUCAGCCGGCGGGCGGCAAAAAUCAUUAGCGGUUGCGCGGUGUCACCGGAAUCCACAUUGGCUUUCCGGCAGAAGUCCUUGUUCUAGGUGGCCGUUGAGACGAUUGAGGAGCAUUCGGGCUAAGAUCUUUCCGGCAAUGUUGAAUAGCGAGAUGUCCCCGUGAUUUUUAGAGAGUUGCCGGUUCCCUUUGCGCUUGUACAGAUGGGGGAUGGUUGCGUCCUUGGAAUUCUGAGGAACCUGCUGGCGGUGACACACCUCCUGAAAUGGCGCCGUCAGUUGGUCCAUCAGUUGGUGGCCACCGUGCUUGUAGGUUUCAGCUGGGAUCGCAUCGGAGGCGAGUGCUUUCCUGCAGGAGAGUUGUUGCGCGGCACGGAUGGGAGAGCCGGUCGAUGGCGACGUCGGAGGUUGUGGAGGGACCCUUGAGGACGCUUGUGUAGUGCUCGGCCAAACGCUUCAGAAUCUGCGACUUCUCCGUCAAAAGCGUUGGUUCAUCGGAUCUGAGAAGCGGCGCGGUUUCUUUGAUUUGGGGGGCGUAGAUCACCCUGAUCGCAGCGAAGAAGUCAUUUGACCCGUUGCGGUCGGCAUAUCCCUAGGUCUCCUCGGCCUCGCGAGCCAUCUAGAAGUCCUGUAUUAUUUCUCGCAAUCAGUUCUGCGCAAGGCCGCGACAUUGACAGAAGGCCGCUUUGUUCGCGUCGGUGGACGGUCGAGAUACGCUCUGUCCUUCUCGGCGACCAGGUUACUGAUGGCGGCGUCGUUGCCGUCGAACCAGUCCUUGUGUUGGCGACGCACACGGCCGAGGCCACCCAGGGCGGUCGAAUUAAUGGUGUUCCGUGGUUGGCACUAUGGAGACUUCACGGAGGCGUUUUCAUCUGCUACUGGCAGGUGUCCCAGCCGCUGGGUCAGUUGAUUGCUGAAAUGCAAACGGUAAGCAAGCAAAGACAGAGACAACAGCUUACAUAGAGGUCUCUUACCUUGUGGUUUUCGGCGAGGUUGCAGACAGAGCCUUAUCUUGGAGAUGAGGCGAUGGUCCGUCCAGCCAUCACCGUCGCAGAUCGCCUUGAUCACCACCACAUCCUGCUGACCUCUCCGCAAGACGAAAACAUGGUCCAGUAGUUCCCAGCACCACGAUCGUGGGUGCAUCCAGGGGCCUUCUUCCACAUCGGUGUGCGGAAAAAAGAUGUUGGUCAGCAGGAGGCGGUAUUCAGUGCGGGUUCGCAGAAGGAGGCCAUUGUCAUUACAGCCAGCCGUUCCGUGAGGACCCAGCACUCCCCUCCAAGCAGCAUUGUCUGUGCCGACGCGGACGUUAAAGUCUCCAGGGACAAUCAACUUAUCGGUCUUCAGUACAGACGCCAGGGGGACGUGCACGUCUUCGUAGAACUCAGACUUCACCUCGUCUGGGCCGGCCAUUGAUGAUGUUAACGAAUUGGGAUCCCCGAAGAGGCAGGCGCAGACACAUCAGUCGGUCGUUAAUGCGUGCAACAGACAGAGCAGUCGUCCCACAAUGUCGUUUCGGAUAGCAAAGAUGACGCCCGGGUCCCGUCGCUCCGCCCUAGGGCGGCCGCUUCAGAAGAAGGUGUAGCCGGCACCCACCACCUCCAGUUUCCUUUGUUCGAGAACCGGGUCUCGCUGAGCGCAUCGAUGUAAACCUUGCAUAACACCAGUUCCCGAGCGAUUAGCGCCGUUCUUCGUUCCGGCCGGUUGCUCCUUGGAUUAUCCAAAAGGGAACGAACAUUCCAGGCUGCCAUGGUGAUCGGAUCCACUCCAGCCUGUGAGGUGGGACGGAGGGAAGGAGGAGGAGAAAGAGAGAGUAUUUCGCCUUGUGUUUUGGUUUCAACCGCAUGUUUAGCAGUCUGUGAGCCUCGGUCUGCGCUCAGAUGUCGUGAACCGUGGUUUGUUCAGGGCACCUUUCAUAGUCACCUCGCGGGGAGGGCAGUGCUAUUCCUAAAUAGAUCUUUGUCGCAUCAGACGGAUACCGCUCACCAUUAUGGGUCGCGGGGUUUAGUGAGAAAACCACUAAUGGCCUGGGCCGCCUAUGUUUUGGCUGUCGCUCUCGCCGUAGGACUUUUGACCGUUGGGGAAGAGAGUAGAGAGAGUGAAGGGCAGAGAAAAGGUGGAAAAGAGUAGAAUGUGGCAGGUCUUCCAGCCACAGGUUAGAAGCCUGCUGGGUGCUGAAAUGAAGAGGUGGACAGGCAAGGAUAACCAAGCGGUAUUUAGCUUACCUGGGGGGUCACUUACCUUGUGGCCACCUGCGAGAUUGCAGACGGAGCCUCAUCUUGGAGAUGGCAAUGUGGUGAUCCGUACGGCUACCGGCUGUGGAAGAGGGGCAGAAUUACCGCGUGUAGAAAUACACACACUGAUACCCUCAUCUGGUUUAGCCCGCCGGUGGAGGCGGUUACCGGGUGUGGCCGCUAAGCGGAGCCUAGCUUCCAGGAGCCACAUGCGAGAGUUGUGUGCCAGUUAAUGGAUACUAAGCGUAGUCAACACAUGCAAGCAAAUGAGGUACCUACUACGACCAUCACGUGGACCUUGCACCCCUACAAACAGACACCACUUAACUAGUUGAUUCUUCAGACGCUUCCGCGCAUUCAGAGUAUUGUUCGCGGAAUCUGUCUACGAGAAAGUGGGUUGGUAAUCUGACCGCCUCGUUCCAUGUGCCAUGGGGUGUUUAGUUGGUUCCAGUGGACGGUUAGCAGUCCAAUGGAGUUUUCGCAAUCUCAUAAUGCCUACUUUCAAAUCCCCAGUAGGGAAUUAAUUGUGAGCUUAUUAUGUUAUCGAUUAGGACCAAAAGGCGUACGUUAGCAUUAGCUGCAUUGAAGUAUGUUGUUUUCUACCUUCCCAGCCUCGCGCAUAGAGCGUCUAGAAGUCGAAGACACAAGUACACAAGCCGACACGGACGUCAACGUGGUGUCUACCUCUUGGCAGACAUUGAAUACACAAUCAUCGUGUGCUGCCGUGGUUGCCUGA